AUGCUCAUUUGUACCUCCCUGGGACAGGUUGUAUGGCACACCCUUACUGUGUGCGUUCUUCUUGUCGUUAUUUCUGCUACCUGUAACAUUAGUAGGAUCGAUAAACCUUCCACCCAUUUCAUUAGAACAUCCCCAAAAUUGUGUGGGUUGGAAUCUUUGGGAUUCAUCUCUAAUACACCUCAAAUAAAUCACAAAUUUCUUCCUCAAAAGUAUAAUGGCACUGAAAUUGUUGAAAACUAUGUCAAAAACGACCAUUUCCAAGACCUCUUUCACCACCAUGUACUUCCCAUGUUCAUGGAGAGGCCUGGCACACAUGUGUCAAGGGUUUCAAAGUCUGACCGCAGUUCUUUGGUCACCGCCGACUUCUUUGGCUCACGUCUGAGGACUUUGAGAGAUUCAGUUUCCCAAGUUUCAAGGGAUGAUUUAGUAAAAGGCGCUACUAAGCUUUCUAUGCUUUCACUUUUGUACUUUGGAAAAUCACUUCAUAUGCAAGCAAGCAAGAAACUGCUAAGUCUUGUCCCCAAUGGUUAUAUGGCAUUGAUAUUCCAAAUGUUAUCAGAGGUGCCGUUUAUGACACUAAAAUGGCUGGUUGGGUUUGAGUCACCACCUGUGUUUUAUCCCAAGCAAUACACCCCUGAGAAGGUUAAUUUUAAAGUUGACGGAGUUUUAGGCGCUGUUAAAAAGUCGCUUAAAAACGGAGUCAACAGGGUGAAAUCGUACGUCAUGGCAUAUAAAACCGUUAUUUUACAGUCUUUCUACGGGGUUCUAGUCAGGGGUCUUACAUCUUCCUGUUUCUCUUACGGCGGCGAGGGCUUUGUAAAUUUCAUGAAGGCCAUGGAACCUGUUUUCUCCUCAGUUUUGUAUUACUUUAUGGAGGGGCUUAAGCUGGAUAAAAUGUCUUAUUUAAGUCUUGUUCCAGUGGUAACAGGAGUUGCAUACGCCACAUAUUCCAAGUUUACACCUUCAUUAAACGCUCUUACAUCUUCUGUACUCUCAUUUUUAGUUAUGUACAUUAAGAAGGAUGAGUCGAAGAAGUUCUUUUCCCAAAAUAUGGACAAAGUUGGGAGGAACCUAACCAGGAGCAAUUUAUUCACCAGCGUUUCAAUGCUAAAUAAUUUGAUGGUAUCAUUUUUCUCACUCCUCGGAGGAGCAGGCACAGGGUUGACUUACGCGUAUGAAAAUGUGCUCAAGAGGUUACAUAGCGGUGAUUAUGACUUGUUAAAACAUCUAUUCGUAAUGGGACUGACUCAGUACAUGCUAAACCAGGCCAACUACACUCUUUUCUCAGGACUAUCACCAGUAUCUGCGGCAGUUGCAAACUCCAUGAAGGGUGUUUUAAACACUCUGGCAGACUCCGUUUUCAAAGACCACAAGCUAUCCAAGCAGGAACUCUACGGCUCAGCCCUAGCAAUCGCAGGAACCUUUUUAUACUCACUCACAACAUAA